AUGCCGACUGUUCACCUUCUGGACUACGUCGCGGGGAACAUCCGCUCGUUGGUCAAUGCGAUCAACCAGGUCGGAUACGAAGUGGAAUGGGUCAAAACCCCCGAAGAUGUGAAGAACGCUGACAAAUUGAUCCUUCCCGGUGUCGGCCACUUCGGCCACUGCCUCUCACAACUGGAGCAGGGCGGAUUCCUGGGCCCAAUUCGGCAGCAUAUUGAAGCUGGAAAGCCAUUCAUGGGUAUCUGUGUCGGCCUGCAGGCUCUGUUCCAGGGAUCCGAAGAAGACCCUAACGUCCCCGGUCUGGGCGUGGUUCCCAUGCGCAUCCAAAAGUUCGACGACAAAUCCAAGAGCGUGCCGCACAUCGGGUGGAACUCGGCCAUGAACACGGGGCUUGAGGUGAAGAAGCAGAGUUUCUACGGAUUGAGGCCGACCAGCAAGUACUAUUACGUGCACUCCUACGCGGCGCCCUACACGGCGGGAGUCCUCGAAGCGGACGGCUGGUCCGUUGCGACGGCCACUUAUGGCGAGGAGGAGUUCAUUGGCGCAAUCAGCCGGGGCAAUGUCUUCGGUACCCAAUUCCACCCUGAGAAGAGCGGCGUGGCGGGGCUACGGGCCAUCCGCGCGUUCUUGACCGGGGACCAGUUCCAAUCUCUUCCCCAGGACCUGCUUGCGGGCAAGGAAGACGGACUCACACGUCGGGUGAUUGCCUGCCUCGAUGUGCGGACAAAUGACAACGGAGAUCUCGUCGUGACCAAGGGUGAUCAAUAUGACGUGCGCGAGAAGAGCGGGGUGGAUGCGGGCGGCCAGGUUCGCAACCUCGGAAAGCCCGUCGACAUGGCCAAGAAGUAUUAUGAGCAAGGAGCGGACGAGGUGACCUUUUUGAACAUCACAUCGUUCCGCAACUGCCCCGUGGCAGACGCACCCAUGCUGGAAAUUCUGCGGCGGACAUCAGAGACGGUCUUCGUACCCUUGACGAUCGGCGGAGGCAUCAAGGACACGGUGGACACCGAUGGCACCGCGAUCCCCGCGCUGGAUGUCGCAACCAUGUACUUCAAGUCCGGCGCAGACAAGGUCAGCAUCGGCUCUGAUGCCGUGUUCGCCGCAGAGGACUAUUACAAGUUCGGGCUGAGCGGGCGCACCGCCAUUGAGACGAUCUCGAAUGCCUACGGGAAACAGGCAGUGGUGGUGAGCGUCGAUCCGAAGCGAGUUUACGUGGAUCGACCGGAGGACACCACCCACCACACUUUGAAGACCGCUUAUCCUAAUGCCAAUGGGCAGGAAUACUGCUGGUACCAGUGCACGGUCAAGGGCGGCCGGGAGACCCGCGACAUGGAUGUGAGACAACUGGUGCAGGCGGUGGAGGCGAUGGGUGCGGGUGAAAUCCUGCUCAACUGUAUUGACAAGGACGGCAGCAACAGUGGAUUUGACCUGGAGCUGAUCCGCGAUGUGAAGGCGGCCAUUAAGAUCCCGGUCAUAGCCUCCAGCGGGGCUGGAGUGCCGGGUCACUUUGCGGAGGUUUUUAGCCAGACGACGACCGAUGCAGCAUUGGGUGCAGGCAUGUUCCACCGUGGAGAGUACACUGUGAGCCAGGUGAAGGAUCACCUUCAGGCGGAGGGAUUCCUGGUCCGCCAGUUCGAGGCGGAUCUUUGA